AUGGGGAGCCUACUCGGUCGUUUCAGGCCAGACGACGAAAAUACUGCCCUCCAACACCAUACCCAUCAUUCAAUCUCUGACAUAGUUGGGCACGCUCUGGAUUCAAGUCCAAAUGCUUUCUAUCACAACCAGCCAUCCAAUGUGAGCCUCGACCGACGCGAUAACGGCUGCGCCGUGGGCGGGACUGGUGGCAUGGCCGUGUCCGAUUUGGGCACAGCCACUAUUGCCACCAGUCCCAGGCAACCCGAUGAGAACGCUGCGCCUGAAGAGCCCUACCCUUACCCUGCCUUUUCGUAUCGAGUUACGACAGCUUUUGAAAUCGUCAAAGAACGUCGAACAUCGCCAGUGAUGCACGAAUUCUUAAAGCAGACAGAUCUCAUCCUGAGUGCCCUACAUAUGUGCACCCCAGACGACGUUCGCGAGUUGCUCAACCAAGAGAAUCCCCCUUCCUUCGAAGAUUUGGUGGGCUUAAAAUGGGAAAAUACUUCGCGGGUUGGAGUUUACAGCAAGGCGGUCUUCGAGAUAGACGCCCUUGGCAAGCCCCGGUUAGAUAAACCUCAUUUUGAAUAUGUUGGAUCGGCCACUCGGAAGCACGGAGGCCUUGAGGCCCGUAAAUACACACACGACCAUCCAUCUGAAAAGGAGAAGAAGUCUUUCCAUUCGUACCUUGUCCAUGGCAAGGUAAAACGGUCCAGGAAGUUUGGAGUCUUGUUUAGUGUUCCUACACAUGGACUAACAGAUCAGGAGUUUGUGGCGAUCCGACAGAUCUGCAUAGUAGCAGAGGCUGUAUUUGCGCAGAUACUUGGAGUAUACUCUGAGCAUGUCACGGAUUCCAGUCUCCACGGAUCGGUAUAUGGAAACGCCCGCGAGGUCUUUUCAUGGUAUGGCGCUUGUAGCCAUUUUUGUUUGCUCGAAGGCGUGCGUGGCUUGAAGAAGAAGACUCUCAAUAGCCAACCCUUGAUUGACGCUAUGUUCAAAUACAUGAAAGCUGUUACAGACGAAGGGCAAGAUUCGGAUACAACGCUCGUCGACAGCUCCAGUGAAGUAACCGUUGUCACGUCAGCAACAUCGCCCAUACAUAUCGCCUACAGCAACGACCACAACAACGAAUUGGGCCUUUCCAAGCCCAUGUCGCUCUUCAAAAAUGGCGCUGGCGACCAUGACGGCAUUACUUCUGACACCAAUGACUCUUCUCCUUCAACACCGACUACCCUACAGGAGCCUCUAGCGCCAUCGCAACAUCCAGAAAUGAUAUGUCCGCCAGUAUCAACCCAGGGUUCCCAAGGCAAUGCGGACUCUCUAAUGGAGGUCGAUGUCCUUGACGAUGUUGACUACAUCGAUGGCCCUGAUGAUGCGGACUCUUCAAUGGAGCCUGAUACCGUCGACUAUAUCGAUGAUUCCGACGACGGUGACAAUUGGGAAGAUGCCGACAACACCAACGAGAUCGAUGAAAUUGAAAUAGCGGCGUUACCUGGUACACAGACCAAAUCGUUCUCUGGUAUCGAAGACCCAGUCAUCACAGCAAAGCGGCAUAAGGCCAAACAGCAACAUGCCACCUACAUGAGAUGGAUUCAAAAUAUGACAGCAGAACAGAAAGAUGCUCUGCGAGAAUUCAGAAAAUUGACCAGUCGAAACUGGCGAGCAGCUAAUUUUGAGCGUGUCAACUCCGACGAAUACCGAGCAAGGAACCGAAUGUCUCUGAAAAAACAUCGCGCAGCGUAUCCAGGUCGGCGCAAAAUAAAAGAACAAGCUGCUUGGGCGCGGAAGACCGAGGAGGAGAAGGAAAGGGUGAGAGCCAUGAAGAGGAUCAUCAAUAACAGGUCACGAAUCAAGAUGGCAACGCUUAGGGAAGCACUGGCCGAAGGCAAGACGCAGUCUGAAGCCAAAGCGCUGGCCGAAGCCGCAGUCAAAGCAUUGGACGAAGCAGAAGUCAAGAUACCACCCAGACCCAAGGGGCGGUCCAAACGCAAGUCCACAUCAAUAUCCGAAGGCAUACCCAGGGAGGCCAGGCCCGUUAAGGAUGAAAUGAAAUGGAUGCGUCAGAAAAUCUGCAGAGCAGCGCAAAAAGCGUCCAAGGCUUGGAAAUCAGAUGCGAUCGAAUGCAACUCGCUGCUUUUGGUCUGGAUUGCUCUCUACGUGGAGCGGCAUGAACUUACUCUUUCAUUGGGAAAGAGAUCUAAAUGCAAUCCACCAGACGUAUUCUUCGAUAUCGCGAAGGCCAAGAAAGACCAUGGUGAGAUUGAGGCUCUCAAAAUCUUGGCUGAGCACACGAAUCGUGACAUCGCCACAUCGUUGCUUAGUAGCCGACAUGAAAUGUCUACCAUGAAAUCCUCCUGA